AUGACUCGCCCUCUGCAGUGCCUUACUUCCCUGGUGGUGUUGGCCUUAGUGCUCAGCCAGUCAGGCCAUUGUGCUGUAGUCAAGCAGUUGUCAACCCCAGGAUCCAAGACUUCCCUCUACGGCCGAAGCUGGGAAAGUCUUUUGCGAGGCUUUUGUUACAUCACGCCACUGGACAUUAAUGAAGUCGAAUAUGAAAAGCGUUGUGGCGAGAAGUCAGAUAGCAAAUGGCCAUGCUUCAAAGGUUUGGGAAAGUACACUUUCGCGGAUGUCAAAUUCGAACCUUGGCUUGAACCUCUGGAUAUGUCGAAAGAGAUCUUGUUGAUGGACGAUGAAGCAACCGGUAAGCUACCAGACCAGGAAUGCGAACUCUUGGCUGGCCCUCUGCUAACCUGUUCAAUUCUUUCUUCAGCUUUCACUUUGAGAAACGCCUCAGAUGCUUUUACAAUGUGGUUCGUGUUUGAUGGUGUCAGACUAAGGUACUAUGACUAUGACGACAAGACCGGAUGCUACAAGAUUGAGCUGAAAAGUAAAGGUUACAGGAGUAUCUUCGUUUCAGACGGAAACGGAAAGGAUCGAGACCUUGACACCCAGAAGCAUUUGGAAACGGGCACGCAACUGUGCUCCAAAUGGAUCACAGUCGGUAUUCGUAUGUAA